AUGAGUAAUGUGUCUAGUACGCCUAGACGUAACUACCAAAGAUUAACAAAGUCUAAGGAACAUCUUGUGAACGAAACACCAGUUCGAAACACAAAUGUAGAUAAUAGUAUAAAAACACCGGUACGAACACCAAAACGGAAAAGUGCAAGCCUGAAUACUCAUUUCUAUGAAGAUGUGGAAACCGAGUUUUACCGAGUCUUUAGUGACGGAGGAAAACGUCGAAAACGCGAUGAUGAUUUGUCAUUUUUGUUCAGAGGAGCUUGCAACAACAUAGGAACCUCGACCGUGGGCAUGUACGGAGAGAUAUCCCACUCAAGCCUUAAGGUAGUUUGCAAAAAACUAGUUGAAUACGGCCUUGAUGAAAAGAGCGUGGUGCUAGAUUUGGGCAGUGGAAGAGGAGUUCCGAACUUUGUUUUCGCAGCAGACGCAAACACUUUCAGCUCAAUUGGAGUUGAGAAGUGUCCAAUAGCAUAUCUAAACUCAAUCAACAAUAUCUGCAUAUCAAUUUGUAAAGAUAUACAGAAAAUCAGGUCAAAACUUGACUUUGAGUCUGAAGUGAGUACCACUGACAAAAAUAUAUAUAACUGUUGCAAGGGAACACCUAGCCGUACAUUUGGUUCUGAAACUGACUGCUCCACUGCUUCAUGCAGUUCAUGCGGUGAUUCACUUUCACCCAACGCUAACGUAAUUAAGGAGGAAGAAGACUACGAAUAUUCUGUAAACACUCAGCUUGAACCUGAUGACCAAGAAUUUAAUGAAUAUUCUGAAACUCCCUCUAAGUUUCUCAAAUCUCCAGAAUCUAACAUCUUUAAUACUGUUAAUGCCACUCUCAGUGGAGAUAACAAUGGGCUUGAUGUGGAGAAUCAGGAUUUAAAGCGUGGUUUAGAGGAGUUCAAAACCAAGAGCCCUAGCUUACCACUGGCCUUUGUGAAUGAAGAUAUCAUUGCGUAUGACUCAUUUGAGGGCGUCACACAUUUUUACAGUUUUGACAUUGCAAUGGAACGCGCUCUGAUUAGUAAUAUGGUUUACCAGUUCAAGAAUACGAGCACUGCGUACGUGUUUGCCUCUUUCAUCUCGGAUUUGUUGACCACAUUUGACCUCACAGGGUGCUUUUUGGCUGCAAAGAUACCUUGCAGAAUGGCCGGCAGCGGCGAAGGCAAAACGUGCUACGUUUACGUCAAAAACGACUGGAAGGACAUUAAAAAACGAGCCGACUCUAAACUUCUAAAGCUGUUCCAGUCAAAAGCACCAAAGUUCAACAGUGUCGAAAAGUUUAAUGUAAACAACUAUGAUGAGCCUUACAGUAGCCUGGACAUGAUAAAGCUGUCGAAGAUGUCGUUGUAUUACCAAUACAAGUGGUACCUAAAACGACUCGGGAAAUUCUACAAGCCUUUCACCACAAGGUCACACUCCAGCGCCAUUAACGUCAGAGAGAAGUUGUCCACAGAGCGCGACCUUUUAAUUGAACAAAUCGCACAUUCAAACUCACAGGAGCCUAGGAACCGAUUAAAAGAACAUAUUCAAAGGAAUUUCAAAAUCACUUCAACUUUCCCUUAA